GUGUGGGUCGGCGUGGACGAGAUUGAACGCGAAAGUCAACGAACUCUCCGAGCAUAUGUGGGAGAAGACUGUUAAGAUAUUGACGAACGACAUUUCACGCGGAAAGGAAACGAAUCCUAUACAGUGUGUCAACGGAUACGAUUCUGAGGACAAGCCGACGGACUUUCUUUAUGUAACGGAGAAUUGUUUCACGAGCAACAUCAAUGUGGACCGCACCAUUAUAUCAUUGCAGUCUUGUCGAUGCGAGGAUAACUGCAGUUCCGAAAAGUGUUUAUGCGGAAAUAUAAGCCUGCGAUGUUGGUACGAUGAGGAGGGAAAGACAGUAUAAAAAAAGAAAAAAUGAAUUCCAACGAUAGAAUCAAUCAGGCUUUACAGCCAACAUAUUCAACUCCUCAUCCAAAAAAACAGCGAUUAGUAUCCAAACAAUUAUCAAUAUCUAAGCAUACGAAAGCGCUGGCAGCUAACGAGGAGAUUGAUUUAGCAUUAGCUAAAUUUUUUUUUGGGUGUAACAUUUCAUUUAACGUUGUUGAAUCACAAUAUUUUAAAAACUUUGUGAAACUGUUACUUCCAACAUACAAACCUCCAACAAGGAAAAAACUUUCUACAAAUCUGCUCGACAAGGUUUACCAGACUCUAUUGGCUGAAAGGGUCUCAUCUCUUGGAUCCGAUGGCGUUCUAUUGAUUGAUGGAUGGAAAAAUUCAUCAGCUAAUACGAAAAAUGUUGUAUGCACAAUUCACACAGUAAACUCCAAGUGCAUAUUCCUUAAAUCCUGGGAUUUAACCGGAUUGAAAGAAACUGGUGAUCAACUCAAAGAAAUCGUCGACGAAGGAAAGAAAUUAGCAAAAGAAAAGUUCAAUAUCACUACAUAUGCUGUGGUUUCAGAUAAUGCAUCGGCAAUGAUAUCGAUGGGAAAAAAAGUAGACAUUUGGCACACUACUUGUCACAGCCACAGUGGCAAUCUGUUAGCAAAGGCCUUUGUGCCAGAGACAUUUGCGAAGGAAGUAAAUAACCUUUUGCGAGCAUUUAAGACACCAGGUGCAGAAUAUGAAUUAAAGCAACAAGGAGGUUCCAGAAUUAUUUUAGCAUGUGAUACAAGGUGGUGUAGCUACAGAGAUGCAUUCAGAUGCCUGCUACAAAAUUUAUGUCUGAUGCAAACAUUAGUUGCUAAGAAAAAGGUUCAACUAGAUAGUAAAAGCGAAAAUCUACUGAAGGAUCCCUCAUUUGCGAUGCAAUUACAAGAUUUUAUCUUGAUUUUUGACCCAAUAUGUCAAUUGAUAAAUGUCUGUCAGCAAUCUAAUUGCAGUAUAGCCGAGGGGUGUGAAGAAUGGUUAAAAUUACAAAUUCCGACAGUUAAUGAUGAAAUGCAACAAAAGUUAGAUAACCGACUGAAUAAAGUUUUAACACCAAUUGUGUUGACUUCGAACUUUUUACAUCCUCAGUACCGGGCCAAACGAUUUUUACACGAUGAACAAAAAAUGAAAAUGGUUUUUGACUUUUUGAAACAAGAAUUGAAUUUACAAUUUAUUACUGAUGAACCGGGAUUGGAUUCAUAUCAGAAGAAUCUUGGUAUUUUUGAAAAAUUGCAGAAGCGAAAUAUUACAUUACCGGAAACGUUUUGGAUCACAGCUGAACCAUUCUGUCCUCACCUAUCAUCGCUUGCUCAGAGAUUACUAAAAAUUCCGGCUGCUUCAGCGCAACUUGAACGACUCUUUUCUUUCUGGGCCUUUGUUCAUUCAGAUUUGCGUAAUCGUCUUACUGUUGACCGGUCUAUGAAAUUGGUUGAUAUUUAUUACACUUUAAAAAUGAAUGAAUAUUUUGAUGAUUAUUACGAUGAUUUGGUAGAAUCAGAUUAAUAUCUCUAUACAUAUAUUUAAAUAUAUAGCAUUUGUUUAAAAAACUGAGAAUUACUUUUAAGUUCUAUACAGAGACAAAGACUAAAUCAAUGUUUUUCAAAAAUACAUUAUAUUUUAUUUAAAACAGUUUGUACUAUUAUUUUUUCCAGUCUCACAACAAUUAUUUAUUAAGAUCAUGUAAUUAAC